AUGGUGAGCGGUGGCGGUGUUAUUUUCUACCGUUUCGGAAGCGAGCGGGGUAUCUGGCGUGAACUUCAGCUGGACAGUAUAGGAGGUGUCUUGGUAUCUGACUUGAAGAUUUUAAUCGCACAAGAAACAAGCCUAUCAAAAGAUUUCACUAGAAAGACCAACCUGACAGUAUCUCUCUAUGAUGAAAACUCUUCCGAGGCAGCUAAACCACUUGAUGAUAAUAUAGUAGUACACGCUGGUAGCCGGGUGGUGCUAAAUCGUGUAGCAUGGGUCCCCGCUACCCCUAUUUAUCACGAUGCAAGAACAGAAUUUGAAGGGAUAGUUCCAGAAGAAAAACAAAAUCUGAGGCCGUUACCGAUUUCCCUCAUUUGUAAAUUGUGUUGUAAACCGAUGAACGACCCUGUGUUGGUUCGAUGUUCAUCUAAUUGUGGCUAUAGUGGCUGUUGUGCGUGUUUGAUCUCCCAUUUCAAGGAUGUGCUGAUUAAGAAUGAGGAUGGUGUAGAAACCGUGGCUUAUAAUUUGACCGAUCGCAAGGCUUGUCCAUUUUGUUCACGCGGAUUAGUCUCAGCAUUCAUUCGCAACCGUCAGAUGGCUGCGGUGUUGAUGGAAUUAGACCUCAGCAACUUUGAGAUACCAUCGUUCAACAAAACGUCGGACUACCGCGUUCCACAUGAUGGGCUACGCAUGGGUCACAGUGCUUUGGACUUACCAAAAUACUACUUGCUGUGUGUUGACAAUGCGCUGAUCGCCCCUAUGGCUGAGCAGAAGUUGCUGCCUGUCUACAUAGACAGUCUCCUGUGUCCGUUUUCUGAUGCUUUUGGGGGGCAUAGUACUACUUCCGCGUCUAACGCACCGACUCCUGGUGACGUAUCAGCUAUUGUGGUAUCUUUCGUGGGCGGUGGAACGUCAAUAAGCCCUAUGGGUAUAGUACAAAUUAUGGAAGAGGACCGAGAGAAUGCGGAAUUCAUUAAAACGGCUCGUGCUCACACAGCUGUGAAAUUCGAAUGGUUACACAAGAAUGUGAAACCUCUGUUGAUUCCAGCGCGCCGUCAACCUAUGUUUACGUACUUUGGAGCUAAACGGCAUGCCCCCGUCGCCCUCAACUCUGGUAACGAUGUGAUGUGGCGUUAUACCACUGACCUAAUGAUUGAGGUUGGUCUUACACGUAAGGCCUUUGAUUCUGCAUGUGAAGCUACGUUUGGCGUUAAGCCUGAUUCGCUGAUGAAACGACCCGAAAAGAAAUACAAGAAUUGGCUAGAGGCCGCUUUUCCCGGUGGCCCACCUCCGUUGUAUGUAACACGAGAUUGCCGUGUUGUAUCGAAAAGUGACGACAUGGAUGGUCAACAGGUUGAUCUGGGAAACCCGUACCUUGGCUACACUGCCAUCCUACCAUUUUUGAGUGAAUCUCAGUUCCUCAAGCUACGCAGUAUGCAGCGCUUAGUAAAGGAGGAGUUUCUACAAAGGUUUACUAAACAUGUCGUUGCUCAACAUCCGGAGGAGGAUGGUAAAAGGGUGCUCGAGAAGGCAUAUAAUAAUGUCUGGAAAAGACAUAUAGACUACGAGUUCCCAGCAAGCGAGAGUUUGCCAACGGAACAGCAACCGUAG